GGACGGGAUUUGAUUGCGGCGAGAAUGACAAAUCAUGGUGGUGAUUAUAAUCAAAAGAUUGAUUAUGUGUUCAAAGUGGUGUUGAUCGGGGACUCGGCCGUUGGUAAAACACAACUUCUCGCGCGAUUUGCUAGAAAUGAGUUUAGUUUAGAAUCCAAAGCCACAAUUGGAGUUGAAUUUCAGACGAAGACGCUUAUUCUUGAUCAAAAGACUGUUAAGGCGCAGAUUUGGGAUACUGCUGGCCAAGAAAGAUACAGAGCAGUCACAAGUGCAUACUACCGAGGUGCAGUUGGAGCAAUGCUGGUUUAUGAUAUGAGCAAACGUCAAUCAUUUGAUCAUAUGGCGAGGUGGUUGGAGGAAUUAAGGGGGCAUGCUGAUAAGAACAUUGUUAUAAUGCUCAUCGGCAACAAAUGUGACUUGGGAAGUCUUCGAGCAGUGCCAACUGAAGAUGCUCAGGAGUUUGCUCAAAGAGAGAACCUAUUCUUCAUGGAGACUUCUGCUCUUGAGUCCACCAACGUCGAAACAGCAUUUUUGAUGAUUUUAAUGGAUAUUUAUCGAAUAAUGAAGAAGAAGAAGACCCUCGUUUCGAAUGAGGCAGAUGGAGGGGAUUCUGCGUUCCUAAAAGGGACUGCAAUUAUCGUUCCUACUCCAGAACCGCCUGUCGUUCAAAAGGGUGGCUGCUGCUUCUCCUCUUCCUAA